GAGUCUUCGUCAGUUACUUCUCUUGGAAGAUUUUAAGAAUUCUUUGCCUGAAAGGAUGGUGAUAUUCUUAAAUGAACAGAAGGUCACUUCACUGGCUAAGGCAGCUGUUUUAGCGGAUGAAUUUAUGCUCACUCACAAGACUGUGUUUUCUUCACCCUUGCGCCCAGAUAAAGCUACAGAGUCGCAAACCGGAAGACCUGAUCUUGGCCCAACAACUUUUGAAAGGUCUAGAGGACCACCAUCACCUCCACGGGGGCCCCGUGAGUGUAACUACUGCCAUAAAACAGGACACCUUAUUUCAGGGUGUCAUUUCUUAAAGCGUAAACAACAAUUUUCGCAACGCUUUCAAACGCCAAAAGGCAUGGGACUCAUUAAAGGAGUUUGCCUAUCAGACAUAGAAAUGUCCCAGGAAGAUGAUGUACCUGAUCCCUGCUUCAAACCCUUUAUUUCAAAGGGCUUUGUUUCUUUAACAGGGGAUCCUAAAGACCAGCUGCCAGUACAGGUACUUAAGGACACCGGAGGUUCUCAGUCUAUUAUUAGGGAAGGCAUCUUACCUUUAACCUCCAGGUCAUCAUGUGGAUCAAGUGCUGUUGUUCAAGGGGUAGGCAUGACACUAGUUGCGGCUCCUUUGCACAAUGUUUAUAGUCACUCGUCCCUUGUCAAAGGAUUCUUUAAAGUAGCUGUCCUCCCUGCCUUGCCCAUCAAAGGUGUUGAUUUCAUCCUCAGUAAUGACUUGGCUGGAGGCAAAGUUAAGCCAGUACCUGAGGUCAUUGAUUCUCCUGAUCUAAGUUUAGACGCAGAUAAAUCAGCUGAAGUACCUCCCGAAAUCUUUCCUGCUUGUGUUGUUACAAGGGCCCAGUCAAAGAAAUAUGGAGAGGACUUGUCUGAUUCUUUUCUUGCUACAGGGCAGUUUCUUGAAGACAUGACUGCGUCGGACCGACUGCCAGAGGAGGCCCGGUCUGCUGGUGCUGGAUCACCCAGUAACAGCUCAGAGCUUGUACAACUGCCUGCCACUCGGGAAGAAUUCAUGGCAGCCCAGUUCCCAGAAGCCAUCCCACUACGGAAAAUCACUGCCCCGGUCAUCACCAAGGCACUUCUGAAGUUUUUCUCCACGUUUGGUCUACCAAAGGUAGUUCAAACAGACCAAGGUACUAACUUCAUGUCUAAAGUGUUUGCCCGGGUACUUGACACCUUAGGGAUCAAGCAUGUGACAUCCAGCCCAUAUCAUCCUGAAAGUCAGGGGGCAUUAGAGAGGUUUCACCAGACUAUGAAGUGCAUGUUAAGAAAACAUUGCCACGAGUCUCAUAAAGAUUGGGAUGACGGUGUUCCUUUAGUGUUAUUUGCCGCCCGUGAAGCUGUUCAGGAGUCUCUAGGUUUUAGUCCUGCUGAGCUAGUGUUUGGACAUGAAGUCAGAGGUCCUUUAAAAGUUCUUAAAGAGCAUUUGAUCAUGCCAAUGAAAAAAGUUUGCAGUAUCCCAGAGUAUGUCGCCAAACUUAAGGAUCGUCUACAUCGUGCUUGCUCCUUGGCUAGGGAAGCUCUGACCUCUACCCAGGGGAAAAUGAAGAAACGCUACGACCAGAAGGCGCUAACACGCUUGUUUCAGCCAGGUGACAAGGUGUUGGUUCUAUUGCCUGUACCUGGUUGUGCUCUGUCUACUAAAGGGGGCCGAUAAUGUUCUUGCCGAUGCACUAUCUCGUGCUAUGUAAAUAGAAAAUGUAUAUUGUCGGGUCCAAACAUACUGUUUGGAUUUAUAUGUGUGGGGGUGUUACGUGCCAGGCAGGCUGUACUUGUGGGGUUUUCUUUCCCUCCUGUGUUUCUCUCUUCUCCUUGUCUUCUGCACAGCUAAUCAGCAGCUGAUCGGAAUCUGCCUGUGCACCUGAAUCUGAUGGCUGAUUGGAUCCCCUCACCCUCAGCUGGCCUAUCAGCAGCCAGGGCCGACCAUAAAGGAGGCACCCAGGAAGUCUUCUCUCUCUCACUCUGGGCCUGUUGCUGAUGAAGGAGCCUGCAGUGUUUAGCAACUCAUCAUCUUUGUAUUGUCUGACCUUUUUGAAAGUGGGUGUGUUGAGACGUGGAGGAGUUAGCUAAGUCUGGGGUACCCUGUACAUUUCUCACCACGUAGCUAACUAAUGUUCAGACACACUAGGUUAGCGGAUUGUUGCCACCCCUGUAUAUUGUUUUGUCAAAUUCUUUGUAGUUUAGUUAGUGAUGGUUUUUUUGUUUGAGUUU